UUACAACCGCACAAGGCAUGGUACGAGGCACACAUCGCUGAGUUACACAGUGCAAUCAGACACAGGGCUUCACUGUUAGUCAGCUCUGAUCAUGUGCGAUUGUUAGAGUUAGCAAACUAGACAAAAUCUUCACUGCACUUAUCCUCUGUUUAAGGACAGUCAGCUGACUUUGGCUUUAAUUUUGUGAUGGCAGAACCGCAGCAACAGCUGGUUGACAUCGACCCGGAUUUCGAGCCUCUCUCCCGGCCGCGAUCAUGCACCUGGCCGCUGCACCGACCUGAAUUCAGCGAGCCGGGGAGCUCGAACACGUCCUCCCCGGCGCCGUCCGUCAAGACGGAGCAAGGCAUCGUGGACUUUAUCAACAGCCUAAGUUUACUAGAAGAGACCGAGGACUACCCGGAGGAGAAACCCGUCCUUUUGAACGACUUCCACUGCCAGGACAACUGCGUUCAUCCCCAGCAACAGCAUCCCCAGCAGCCGAAUCCCCAGCUGACUCACCCGCAACAGGUGCCGCCGCUCCCCGCACCUGCCAGCAGCUCCAGCCCUGCAGCGGCCCAGAGGAAGAGCAGCUCGUCUCGUAGGAACGCGUGGGGGAAUAUGUCAUACGCUGACCUCAUCACCAAGGCGAUCGAGAGCUCCCCUGAGAAGCGGCUCACCCUGUCUCAGAUCUACGAGUGGAUGGUGAAGAGCGUCCCUUACUUCAAAGAUAAGGGCGACAGCAACAGCUCUGCCGGCUGGAAGAACUCAAUCAGACACAAUCUGUCCUUACACAGUCGUUUCAUGCGCGUCCAGAAUGAAGGAACUGGGAAGAGCUCGUGGUGGAUGCUGAACCCUGAGGGGGGAAAGAGCGGCAAGUCUCCACGCCGGAGAGCCACUUCCAUGGACAACAACAGCAAGUUCAUAAAGAGCCGCGGACGAGCAGCCAAGAAAAAGAUGUCGUUGCAGAGUGGGCUGGACGGUGGUUCUAACAGUCCUGGUGCUCAGUACCCAAAAUGGCUCGGCAGCCCCAACUCUCACAGCAAUGAUGACUUUGAACCCUGGACCACAUUUCGUACCCGUGCCAGCUCUGAUGCCAGUACGCUCAGCGGCCGUCGCUCACCGUUCCUACCUGAGGAGGAUGAGGCCGGUGAGGUUCCCAUCGGGUACCCAGGCACUAAACUGGGCGGCCCCCUCCCCAGCCUUUCUGAAGUGACGGGUCACCACGGUUCCGAGAACGUGAUGAUGGACAAUCUCUUAGACAACCUCAACCUCAUCUCACCCAAAAAUAACACCCAGGGCAGCCAAGACGCCCAAACUGCACUGUCUUCGCCCAUGAUGCAAGGUAGCCCUGGGUACCCGUCUUACAACUCCCCCAGUAUGGGUCCUCAGCCCCAAGUCCAGCAGGACUACCGGAAGUGCCUGUAUGUACAGGCUGGGGUAGGCGGACUGGGUCCCAUUGCCAUACCGACUUUAUCGGACAGUCAACCAGGAGGCUACGGACCCUUCGUGAGUCAGUACAACUGUGCUGCAGGGCUGCUCAAAGAGCUGCUGAGCGCAGAUUCACAUCCGAGAGGGGACAUGAUGCAGCCUUUAGAGUCAGUGGGGUCUGGAGAAGGGCGACGGGUGCUACCUAGCUAUGCUAGUCAAGGACAAAUGGGACAGGGGGGCAAAAUGAUCACGCAUCCUCACCUGCACGCGCACCCACACUCGCUUCAUCAGUUGCCCUCGCCAGCAAUGGGCAUGAAUGGCUGUGCCCUUUUGCCCUAUGGGCAUCCUGUUCGCCUCGGUAACAUGAAGCUACAACCACACCUGCCUCAUCACGCUCAACUAGGAAGAGGCGGAGGCGAAGCCGGGAUGCCGAAUUACACCAAUGGCAACGGUUUCCACAGGCACGGACCGGGACCUCACCAACAUCACAGCCACCCGGAGCGGCUGCCCAGUGACUUAGAUGACAUGUCGAUCGAACAGCUGGAGUGUGACGUAGAAACCGUCCUUCACGACACGCUCAUGGAUGGCGAUGCUCUGGACUUCAACUUCGACCCCAUGAGCAGUCAACAGAGUUUCCCACAUGGGGUGAAGACCAACACGCAUAGCUGGGUAUCUGGAUAAACACGUUAUCUACUCAAAACACAUACAGAUUGUGUGCAUGCACCUCAUGAACUGUUUACCUCAGUCAGAACUUCUGCAACCAAUCAGCAGAGGCCAGUGAAUGGUCAUUAUUUACUGAUUUACAGUACAUUGUUCCAGUGACUCCAUGAAUGUCAUCAUAAUCUUCUUUUUGUUUGUGGUUAGUCGGAACGUAAAUAUUGAAACCGUUUAAUCAAAAAUAGUCAUGUCAAACACUCAGAUAUUUGAGAUUGUUUUGUAUAUUUUUUGUCUAUUUGGGCUUUCAGUUUGGCACUGUAUGUCACUCAAAUGAAUUCAGGGCAGAUGUGUGUGUCAUAUUAACUGGAGUACUGUGUAAUGUCUGGUGUAGUGUACAUUACGGUUAUCUUUGUCAUUUCAGGGUGCUGAAUGAAUGUGUUUUGUACAGAGAUGUAUAUUUUUGUUGUACUGAUGGGUUGGUAAAUGAAAUGUUUAUAUUUGUACAUUUGUAAGCAUCUUACAGGUCAUUUAAAUGCUCUUCAAUAACCCCUCCCAGCCUUUAAAUGUCUAAAAAAUCCUUUUAUUGUGGCCUUGUUUGCUGUACAUAUAACAUAGAUUUUCUCAAACUGCUGGAGGAAAUUCUUUCAUUGUAUAUAAUGAUGUGUACUUUGUGCCUUCCCCUCUUACAACCUGGCGUUUGAUUGAUGUGAUGAUUUUUCAUCAAUUUCUAAAUUAAAAUCCAUUUUUAUUUAUUUUUUUAACAAAUUAAAAGAAUGUCAGAGGGGUAUAACAGUCCUGAGAUAAUCGUAAAAAAGUCUUAAUAUUAAAAGGCCAUUUAAUUUUAAGUAUAACCCCAAGAAAACGUCAUGAUAUUCAUGAUUCAAAACCCCCCCGGAAGAAGAAUUUGGAAGAAAUUUAAAAUGAGCUAUGAUGAGAUUCUUCAGAAAAGGUCACUGGAGGCAACAUUUACUAAAGACUAAUUUAGCAUCUGUCUUGAGAGCAUCAGGCUUAAGGCCUCUUAAAAUGUUUUUACAAUUAUAUGAUAAUUUUGUGUAAUUUAAGAUUUUUCUCUGUUGUCUUAAUAAUGUACAUGCGCGCACACACACACACACACAUUCAUUGUAACUGCACAUCUACAAAAUAUUUAAUGCUUUGAGAUUUCUAACAUGUGAGAUUUUCUAUCUAAGCAGUGAGGGGUACCAAGAAGGUUUGUAAAUUUAAAAGAAUUUUAAACAUAUGCAUAU